CACCGCCCCCACCGGACUGGACGGCCGCUUCCGGCGCGGAAGGAGGAUGUGGCCGCCGAGCGGGGCGUUCCGCGCCCGGGCCUGGGCCUGGGCCUUGGCGGAGUCGCGGGGCGCCCGGGCCUGUGGAGGGCGCGGCGGCGUCUCCUACACGCAGGGCCAGAGCCCGGAGCCCCGGACGCGCGAGUACUUCUACUUCGUGGAUCACCAGGGCCAGCUUUUCCUGGAUGAUUCCAAAAUGAAGAACUUCAUCACCUGCUUCAAAGACCCGCAGUUCCUGGUCACCUUCUUCUCCCGCCUGACACCCAACCGCAGCGGGCGCUACGAGGCCGCCUUCCCGUUCCUCUCGCCCUGCGGAAGGGAACGCAACUUCCUGCGCUGCGAGGACCGGCCCGUGGUCUUCACGCACCUGCUGGCCGCGGGCCCCGGGCCUCCGCGCCUCUCCUACUGCGGCGGCGGCGAGGCCCUGUCGGUGCCCUUCGAGCCCGCGCGCCUGCUGCCCCUGGCCGCCAACGGGCGCCUCUAUCACCCGGCGCCGGAGCGCGCAGGCGGCGUGGGCCUCGUGCGGUCGGGCCUGGCCUUCGAGCUCAGCGCCUGCUUCGAGUUCGCGCUCGGCGCACCCGCGCUCCCCUCGCACGUGCGCUGGGAGGGCCGCCGCCUGGCGCUCACCAUGGACCUGGCCCCGCUGCUGCGCGCGCCCCCGCCGCCCUGAGGUCCGGGGCCGCCGAGCCGGCGCGCGCCCUCUCCCGCCUCUCCGCCCCGCUGGCGCCAGCAGCCCCUCCCAGCCGCUCCCCGCCCCGCCCGCUUGGCUCCGCCCUCGCCAGGUCGCUCGCGCACGCGCCGUCGGG